AUGGAAGCAAGCAGCAGAGUGAUGGUGCAGGUGUUGGUGUUGGCGUUGGUGUUCCAGGUCACCCUGUCACAGCACUGGUCCUAUGGAUGGUUACCAGGUGGAAAAAGAAGUGUGGGGGAGCUGGAGGCAACCAUCAGGAUGAUGGGUACAGGAGGAGUGGUGUCUCUUCCCGAAGAGGCGAGCGCCCAGACCCAAGAGAGACUGAGACCAUACAAUGUAAUCAAUGAUGAUUACAGUCAUUUUGACCGAAAGAGAAGGUUCCCUAAUAAUUGA